AUGAGUGCGUUCAAGAGACAAGCAUUACACGAGUCCAACGGUAGCGGCACCACUGCCUCCUCCACCGACAGUGCUAUUGGUACUACUAAACCAUACGCGGCGGACUCUCCCCUCCCAUCAGUAGCAAUGAGAAUUAGAAAAGCAGUAAGUGAAGGAUACAAUCAAGGACAAGCUAGUAAUUUCCUGGGCAACUAUCAACGCGUUCCCUUGCCAACUACUUUAAAUAACCAACCACCAAGUUUAUCAUCAUCGGAAUCAACUAGAACUGUAUCGAAUUUGGAAGAAUGGGAUAGUUAUUACAAGAUUAAUAAUGCACCUAUUCAGACUAUUGAUGAGUACGACAAUAGCAGUAGUAGUUUCAAUAACCCGUUGAAGAGGAAAUUUGAUGGUGGUAAUGGCAACAUUGCAGAACUGGAAAUUGCUCAGUUUCAAGCUAGGUACGGUGAAUUGAAGUUUAAUGAGAAGUUUUGA